AUGGAUAUCUUCCUCGACAUUCUGGAUACAUUAGUCCUCGAUCGGUGCUACGCAUUUCUCUCACCAGACCCAGCGGCAAUUCCCAAUGGACACCUUCCAACCAAUGCCAAUUUGAACCGACAUGUCGGCAUUUAUUACCCCAUGCAGCCCUCAAAGUGGGCAGAGGCAAGCCUCUGGAAGAGAGAUGACAUUGCCAGACAAGCAUUGUCGUUAUACUUGAUUACAUGGCUUUUCGCAAUGAUAAUGUACCUCCUCGGUAGCCUCUUACUAUACCACACAGUAUACGACAAAAGACUCCUCCAACACCCACGAUUCCUCCCAAACCAGAUCAAGCUCGAGAUCAACCAAGGCAUCUCCGCAAUUCCCGUAAUGGCCCUCCUCACCGUGCCAUUUUUCCUAGCAGAGAUCCGCGGAUGGUCGAAGCUAUACGAUUUCACCACCGACUCUCCGUUCUUCGGAUACACCUUGCUGCAAUAUCCGUUGUUUAUAUGCUUCACGGAUAGCGGGAUCUACUGGAUACACCGUGGUCUGCAUCAUCCUCGCGUUUACCGCUGGCUUCACAAACCACACCAUAAAUGGGCUGUGCCGACGCCGUUCGCCAGUUAUGCGUUUCAUCCUUUGGAUGGGUGGUCGCAGAGUCUGCCGUACCAUGUCUAUCCGUUGGUUUUUCCGUUGCAGAAAGGUGCUUAUCUGGGGCUGUUUAUCUUUGUCACUGUAUGGACAGUGCUGAUUCAUGACGCUGAGUACAUGCCGACAUCGGUGGUGAUUAACGGUGCUUCUUGUCAUACGAUGCAUCACUUGUACUUUAACUACAAUUAUGGUCAGUUUACAACGGCAUGGGAUCGCCUGGCAGGAACGUAUCGAAAACCCAAGGGUGAUAGCUUUAUGGAAAGCCAGCAAUUGGAUGGGAAGGAGAAACUUGGAGAUAAAUGCGAUUGA